AUGAAUGAUUUACAAGAGAGUGCUGGGAAGUAUAUUAAAGCGGAGGAAAGCUUGAGAAAAUCCCAGAAUAAUCAGGGUCCGAAUACCAACUUUAAAAAGCACGGAAGUGACGCCGAGUACAACGCUGAGAACAAGUAUUCCAAGAAAGAUGACAGCGAAAAGUCGCCUGCCAAAAAGAAGUUAGGACCGAGGUUCAUCGAAUAUGCUAGGCUUAAUGCCCCAAGGAGUCAAAUCCUGAUGGAGAUUGAGAAAGAUGAAAGUGUUAGAUGGCCAAAGCCUAUAAGAACCGACCCGCAGAAACGAAACAAGGAUUUAUAUUGUCGGUUCCAUAAAGACACCGGGCAUUGGACCGAUGAUUGCCGGCAGUUGAAGGAUGAAAUUGAGUUCUUGAUCCGAAGAGGAAAGUUGUCCAAAUUUACCAAGGAUGGAGACAAGAAUCAUCGGGACAAUGACAAUCGUGGAAGAGACAACGAUGACAAAAGAACCCAGCCUCGAGGGCCUGUGAUUAACGUGAUCUCCGGAGGACCUACAGCUGUAGGCACUUCCAGCAAUUCAAGGAAGGCUUAUGCAAGAGAAGUAAUGAGUAUAGUUGGAGAACCCCCGAAGUGGGCUAAAAUUGAUUAUGCUAUGGCGUUCGAUAAUGUUGAUCUUGAGAAGGUAAUAUUCCCCUAUGAUGAUCCUUUAGUAAUUACACCAGUGAUUGGAAACUCGUCUGUAAAGAGGGUACUCGUUGAUAGUGGAGCCUCGGUGGAUAUCCUGUUCUACAAUGCAUAUGAGAAGAUGGGGUAUUCUGAUUCUCAACUGACACCGUCAGAUAUGCCUAUAUACAGUUUCAAUAAUGCGGAAACAAAGAUCGAGGGCAUGAUCCAACUCCCGGUAACCAUGGGUACCGAGCCUAGACAGACCACAUGUAUGUUGAACUUCUUGGUUGUGAAAGCCUCAGUAACCUAUAAUGCCAUCCUUGGGAGGACCGGAAUACACGCUUUUAAAGCAAUCCGGUCCACUUAUCACUUGAAGAUCAAAUUUCCGACCAGAAAUAGAGUUGGAGAGGAAAUAGGAGAUCAGAAAAUGGCUCGAAGCUGUUAUGUUGGAGCACUGAAAUCCGGAGGAGCUGGGGGGCAAGUACUACCCAUAGAGGACCUUGAUGUCCGAGAAGAAGAAGAUAGAAGAGGCAAACCUGCCGAGGGCUUGGUUCCCAUCUCAUUGUAUACUGAGGAGCCUGAAAGUCACAUAUGUCGGAGCAUUACUCCAGGAAGAGUUGAAGCAAGAGCUAGUGAAAUUCUUGAGGAACAACCGUGA